AUGAGCUCUCCACAAGGAAACCGCGCUCUUUGGCUCUCGUCCUACUCGGAGCCCCUCAGAAUUGUCGACCUCCCCAUCCCGGAAGCACCGACGGGCACAGCCGUCGUGAAGAUCCUCGCGACGGGCAUCGUCCCCUACACACACCUCUGCCACACGGGCAAGCUCCCACAGAUGAACAUCCACCCGCCCUUCGUUCCGAACCCCAACGCCAUCGGCCGUGUGCACGCCGUCGGGCCAGACGCCGUACGCGUCAAACCUGGCGACCUUGUCUAUGUCGACGCGACGACCCGCGGCCGCGAUGAUCCGAUCAACGUCAUGGUCAUGAUCGGCCAUCUCGGCGGCGUAGGCGACGCGGGUCAGAAGCUCAUGAGAGAGUGGCGCGACGGCUCGCUGCAGCAGUACCAGAAGGUGCCCCUCGAGAACGUCUACCUCUUGAACGAGCAGCGCCUCACGGGCGAGCUGGGCUACGGCCCGGCCGAGCUGUCUACCAUCGCGCACUACUCGGUCGUUGGCGGCGCGUUGUUGGAGGCAGCCGACGUCAAGGUGGCCGAGACAGUCGUCGUCGGGCCCUCGGGCGGUUCCUUUGGUGGCCUCGCCGUCGAGAUCGCUCUCACCGUCGGCUGCAACGUUGUGGCGCUCGGCCGCAGCGGGGCCAAACUCGCGGCGAUGCGCGAGAAGCUCGGCGGCAACGCGCGACUCCGGACGGUGGUGAUGACGGGUGACGAGGACGCCGACGCAGCGGCGAUCUUGGCGGCGACACCCUACGGCGCGGGAGCGGACGUGUACAACGACUGGACGCCCGGGGGGCUCAAGAACCCGCCGUACCUCGGGGCCGCGCUGCGCACGCUCAAGCGCGAGGGUCGGGUGGUUCUCAGCGGCGGCGCGAGCGAGACGCUACCGAUGCCGUACGCGCAGUUCGGCCUGAAGAAUCUCAAGCUGCUGGGCAAGUGGAUGUGCGAGAGGCGGACGCUGUUGCAGGUGAUCAGUAUGAUCGAAGGAGGCCAGCUGAGGAUCGGGAAGGAGAGCGGCAGCGAGAUCGAAGUGUUCACGCUCGACCAACACGAAGAGGCGACGGAGUUUGCGAGGGUCAAUGGCGGGUGGAGGAACUACACGGUAAUUGCUCCGAAUCCGUACGAGACGUCCCUUGCGAUAUGA